AUGGUUAAUCUUCUUUCAAACACUAACCUUCGAUUCCUCACCUCCCUCCUUUCAAUCUUCGCCAUCGCCGCCGUCUUGUGUCAUUGUUUCGUCUUCAUCAUUUUAUUCUCCAACAUUGGCAUUUCUGCGCAAAUUUCCGAAGAACUUCCUUACUCGAUGAUCGGCCAAGGAAUUUGGUCCGGUGGAAUCGCCCUCGUCACAGCUUGCAUUCUCUUCACCUUCAUCGCUUGCAGAAUUCAGUGCACUUUCUCGAAGUUCUACUUUUCUAGCGACGAGAAAACUAGCGAGAAAACAGUAGUGGUCAUCCUACUCGGGACGUUUCUGACGACUCUGGUUUGCGCGCUCAUCGACGGCUUUGGCUGCGUCAAUCUCGUCCGAUCCGUUUAUUUCGAAAGCGUUGGCGGGUCAGUUCUCUUCGCAAUGUUGCUUUUUGAAGGCAUCAGUCUCCUCGGCUGCUCGCUCGUAUCUUUCAUCAUCAUGGCCUACUACACGAGCAACAACGAGCUUGUAGCGAACUUCCGCGCUCUGCAAUACCAGUCAGAUGUCAAUUCAAUCCAACGCUCCGUCUCCGGCCGAACCGACGAUUUAACAACUCUGGUGGAUGCAAGGAUUGUCAACUCGCGGAAAAACUCGACAUUUUUCUACGUUACGAGCGAAAAUACUUCCGGAUACAGAUCGUAUUCAGAUGUUGAUGAGUAUAUGUCCGUGAUCACCAAUUCGAACUUUUACGACUAA